AUGGCCAAAACUUUCAACAUCCUCGUCCUACCCGGCGACGGCAUCGGUCCGGAAAUCAUGGCCGAAGCCGUCAAGGUCCUAAAAGUCUUCGAGACAUCCGAACGCAAGUUUGAACUGCGCCAGGAGUUGAUUGGAGGUUGCAGCAUUGAUGCUCAUGGCAAGCCUGUGACUGAAGAAGUCAAGCAGGCAGCUCUGGACUCAGACGCGGUGCUCUUCGCCGCAGUUGGAGGACCGAAAUGGGAUAAUCAACGUCGUGGUCUUGAUGGACCUGAGGGAGGACUACUCCAAAUACGCAAAGCUAUGGAUAUCUACGCAAACCUACGUCCGUGCUGUUCUACAUCGCCCAGCGCCUCUAUCGCCAAGGAGUUCAGCCCGUUCAAGCAUGAGGUUAUUGAAGGUGUUGAUUUCGUUGUUGUUCGCGAGAACUGCGGAGGUGCCUACUUUGGCCGCAAGGUCGAAGAAGAAACAUAUGCGAUGGAUGAAUGGGGCUACUCCGAAGCCGAGAUCCAACGAGUUACCCGUCUAUCCGCCGAAGUGGCACUGCGACACAACCCCCCUUGGCCUGUGAUCUCACUAGACAAGGCGAAUGUACUAGCUUCUUCACGGCUCUGGCGCCGGGUAGUAGACAAGACCAUGGCAGCCGAGUAUCCGCAAGUGAAACUGGUGCACCAACUGGCGGACUCCGCGUCAUUGAUUCUAGCAACGAACCCGCGAUCCCUGAAUGGUGUUAUCCUGGCUGACAAUACCUUCGGCGACAUGAUCUCUGACCAAGCUGGGUCAAUUGUGGGUACGCUGGGUGUGUUGCCGAGUGCUAGUCUCAACGGUCUGCCUGGUGAUAAGACGCUGAAGACACGACCUUACGGGCUGUACGAGCCUACGCAUGGAUCCGCUCCGACUAUUGCGGGACAAAAUAUCGCCAACCCGGUUGCAAUGAUUCUCUGCGUCGCGCUUAUGUUCCGAUACUCUUUGAGCAUGGAGAAUGAGGCUCAACGUGUGGAGGAUGCGGUGCGCAAAGUGUUGGACUCAGGGAUUCGGACGUCUGACCUUGGGGGUAAGGCUGGGACUAAGGAAGUGGGCGAUGCGAUUGUGUCUGCGCUAUAA